CCUGCCACCCAGCCUGCGUCCCCGGCAGCGGGAGCUCGGGGGCACCGGGCGGCGGCUGGUGGCGGCCGGCUGGAUGCGAGACCUGCGCGGACCCCGUGGCGGACGGCAGCUCUCGACUCGGGGAAGCCGAACGCGCUGGCCAUGGCCUCCAACUUUAACGACAUAGUCAAGCAGGGCUACGUGAAAAUCCGCAGCAGGAAGCUGGGGAUUUUCAGACGUUGCUGGUUGGUUUUUAAGAAGGCAUCUAGUAAAGGACCCAGAAGGCUAGAAAAAUUUCCAGAUGAAAAGGCAGCAUAUUUCAGAAACUUUCAUAAGGUAACUGAACUGCACAACAUCAAAAAUAUAACCAGGCUGCCUCGAGAGACAAAGAAGCAUGCAGUGGCAAUUAUCUUUCAUGAUGAAACAUCAAAGACAUUUGCCUGUGAGUCAGAGCUGGAGGCCGAGGAGUGGUGCAAGCAUCUCUGCAUGGAGUGUCUGGGGACCAGGCUGAAUGACAUCAGCCUCGGGGAGCCUGAUCUCUUGGCGGCAGGAGUGCAGCGGGAACAGAAUGAGCGAUUCAAUGUGUAUCUUAUGCCUACACCAAAUCUGGACAUUUAUGGCGAAUGCACAAUGCAGAUCACUCAUGAGAAUAUCUAUCUCUGGGAUAUCCACAAUGCCAAGGUCAAGCUGGUGAUGUGGCCUCUCAGCUCACUGAGGAGAUACGGGCGGGACUCAACAUGGUUCACGUUUGAGUCAGGAAGAAUGUGUGACACAGGAGAAGGACUAUUCACUUUUCAAACAAGGGAAGGAGAAAUGAUCUAUCAGAAGGUCCAUUCUGCGACACUGGCCAUAGCUGAGCAACAUGAAAGAUUAAUGCUAGAAAUGGAGCAGAAAGCCCGGCUUCAGACAAGCUUGACUGAACCAAUGACGUUGUCCAAAUCAGUAUCUCUUCCUCGCAGUGCAUACUGGCAUCACAUCACUCCGCAGAACAGCGCUGGAGAAAUCUACAGCUUGCAAGGUCACGGGUUCGGGUCCUCGAAGAUGUCGCGUGCACAGACGUUUCCCAGCUACGCCUCGGAGCAGAGCGAAGAGACGCAGCCGUCCUUGUCCCGGUCCAGCAGCUACGGCUUCAGCUACAGCUCCAGCCUCAUCCAAUGACACCCAGAGAGAUGCUGAGACCAGAGAGACAGUCUGCCCGGACCUGCCUGGGGGCCAUCGCGCCCUCUGCCUCGCGGAGGACCAAUUGCAGGGAACAUUGAAAUGGGUCGGGUCUAUGCCCGCUCCCAGUGGAAGGUUAAAAACUGGAGUUCUGCUUCCUUGAUUCCGUGGCUAAGUUCUUUAUUUAUUGAGUUUCUUGCGGGGGAGUCUACGUUUUACAAAAAUAGAAUCCAAAUCGUCUGAACAGUCAUUUAAAUAAAAUCCUUUGAG